CUCGUCUGCUCAUUCCUGCGCCUCAGUCUGUUUUUAAAGAAGAAGACAUGGCGUCACGACUCUUCAUAAACAGUUGCAGGUGAAGAUAUGAAGAUUUUGAGCUGCCGUAUAAACAUAGACAUGUUUUUCGCCUGAUUGAGUGUUAAGAUGGAAAUUAUGGCUGUGAACCUGCUGGCCACCUCUCCGUCCACCUCCACGCUCCCUCCGUCUCCGUGUGUGGAGGACUCCGGUUUCCCGUUGUCCUCUCUGGACAGCGAAGACUACGUGUUUGUGGAAACGCGGCAUCCCAACAAAGUGCUGGAGGGUUUGAACAGCUUGCGGCUCAAUAACGCCUUCUGCGAUGUGACUCUGUGCUGCGGAGGGCAGGAGUUUCCCUGUCACCGCAUUGUACUGGCCUCCUUCAGCUCUUAUUUUCAGGCCAUGUUCUCCACCGACCUGAUGGAGUCUCGUCAGGAGCGGGUGGCCAUCAACGGCGUGGAGCCCCAGAUGAUCGGCAUGCUGGUGAGCUACGCCUACACAGCAGAGGUGGUGAUCUCCAAGGCGAACGUGCAGGCGCUCCUGGCGGCCGCCAAUCUGCUGGACGUGAUGGCGGUGCGGGAGGCCUGCUGCAGGUUCAUGGAGCGACAGAUGGACGAGAUGAACUGUGUGGGCAUCCACUGCUUCGCCGAGGCGCACUCGUGCCGAGAGCUGGAGCGACGCAGCAUGGAGUACAUCCAGCAGCACUUCAGCACCGUUUGCCAACAGGAGGAGUUUCUGUCUCUUUGUGCCGAUAAACUGACCGAGAUCGUUUCAAGUGACCAUCUGAAUGUGCCGAAAGAGGAGACGGUGUUUGAGGCGGCCGUCGUGUGGCUGGAGAAGAACCCUUCACGCAGACAGAGCUUCGAGAAGGUUCUGGAGCACAUCAGACUGCCCCUAAUCAGUCCGUACUACAUUCACGACGUCAUCGAGACUCUGGACGUUGUGAAGGAGUCGCUCAAGUGCCAGAAGCUGAUCUCUGAAGCCAAGGACUAUCUACUGCUGCAGGACCGCAGAGGAGAGCUGUACAGCCCUCGAGCGCGACCCCGGCGAGCAACAGGCACAGCUGAGGUGAUUGUGACCGUGGGAGGAGAAGACGAUAAGGUUGUUCUACGCAGCGUGGAGAGUUUCGAUCCCCUCACCAGUCAGUGGAAGAGCCUGGCCUGCCUGCCCUUCGCCGUCAGCAAACACGGCUUGGUCGUGUCUGGCUCCAUGCUGUAUUUGGCUGGCGGCGAGUUCCCAGACGGCUCGGCCAGCAGAGAGAUGUGGCGUUAUGACCCGUGUUUCGACUCCUGGACAGAGAUGGCACCCAUGAACGUGGCUAGAUCAGAACUAGGGUUGGUGAUGCUGGAUGGAUACGUCUUUGCUGUGGGAGGCUGGGAAGGCCGUUCUCGCCUGGACUCUGUCGAGUGUUACAAUCCUCAGACGAACACUUGGCAGUUUAUGGAAUCGGUCAAGAUGGCGGUCACCAGUCCGGCUGUGGUGGCGCUGGAUGGAUUGCUCUAUGUGACAGGAGGUGCUGUUUUAGAAGACGGCGACGGCACAAACUUGGCGCAAGUGUACAACCCUAAAACGUGCGUGUGGGCAGAGGUGGCGCCCAUGCAGAUCGCCCGCUCUGGAUCUGCUGCCUGCAUCCUGAAGGGCAAGAUAUAUGUCAUAGGUGGCUGGCACGCGUCCACCGAGAACACUGAUAAGGUGGAGUGCUACGACCCCAAGACCAACAAGUGGACCAUGUGUGCUCCCAUGAAGGAGAGGCGUUAUCGGCCCGGCGUGGCGGUGGUGGACGGAAAGAUUUACGUUUUAGGAGGAGAGGAGGGAUGGGACAGGUACCAUGACACUAUAGAGCGGUACUGUGAGGAGUCGGACAGCUGGGAGAUCGUCGGAGAGAUGCCCACCAGCCGAAGCUGGCUGAGCUGUGUCUCUCUGCAGCUCCGGAAGGACACUCAGGUGGGCAGCCGUCCCGGCACUGCCUUGGAGACGGAGUUUCCCGUGGACUGAGAGGACCAGAGCUCCACCCGCAUCACUGCCAGCCGAGACGGCUGCUUUCAGAGCGUCCCGCUCCGCCAGAGCUAUUGAGGAACGGAAAAGGUCCGACCCAAACUCUGGAGGGUCUUCAGAAAAUACUCGUGUCAUAAGCUAUGCUUUCUCCAGCCUGACCCUCUAGCACGGUGUGAGGCUGGAUGGAUCGAUGAUAUCUGUGGUGUUUUUGUGUGUGUGUGUGUGUGUGUGUGUGAAGCGCCAUCCCAGAGUCUCCACAGUAUCAGUUCAAUGUGAUGUUCAAGUGACGUACAGGGUUCCUUCCAUGCGCUGAGCACCUCAUGAUUGUGACUUAACACAAGUACCUUUGUUUUCUAACAGUGUUGUAGUGAAACGUUUUGUAAUUUUUGUACGGUGAUUUUUGUUGUUUUUGUAUUUAUUGGACGUUUUUUGUUGUACUGAGAGAUUUAUGGAGUAACUAGCACAGAUACACUGAAACGUGACUUUCUUUAAAGGAAAAGUUCACCCAAAAAUUGUAAUUGUCAUCAUUUGUUUUACUCUCAAGUCUUUUGUUGAACACACGAUGAUGGUGAGCAGUUUCUGUGCCGUUGACCUCCAUAAUAUAAAAGUCAAUGGGGACCAGAAACUGUACCAACAUUCAAAUGUUUUGUUGUUUUUAACAUAUGAAAGAUGCUCAUAUAGGUUUAGAAUAACUUAAGGGUGAGUAAAUGAUGACAGAUGUUUUAUUUAGGGUGAGCUAUCCCUUUUAAAACCGUAAUUAGUCUUCAUAUUGUGCACAGUAUGUAUGUAUGUAUACCCAGAUUACCUUCUACAUUUGCCAAAAUGUUUAGCAUACAGAAGAGCACAGCGUGCUGGGUAUUGUUUCCCACAAUGCAAUGUGUUCAGCUCAAUCAUCCACAGUAUGAAGAAUGAACCUGAAUUACAGCUGCAUUUUUACCAUC